AUGGUACUUGCCCUCACUGCGAAGAAGAAGAUUGGUUUUGUAAAUGGAAAGGUUACAAAGCCAGAUCUUGAUUCACCUUUGUAUGAAGAUUGGGAGAGCUGCAACACUAUGUUGCUUUCAUGGAUGAUAAAUUCUAUGCAUGUGGAUGUCUCAAGCAAUAUCAUGUACUGUGAAACAGCAAGGGAGAUGUGGAUUGAACUUCAGAAUGUGUUCUCACAGGGAAAUGGACCUAAGAUCUACAAUUUACAAACUGAGAUUUCUCAAAUUUGCCAAAAUCAAAUGUCAGUGACUGAGUUUUAUACCAAAUUCAAGCGAUUAUGGGAUCAGUUGCUGAAUUAUGAACCAAUGCCAGAGUGUUCUUGUGAAGCUAUGAAGACUCUGAGUAAUUCUCAUAAUAAGGCUUAUGUGAUGAGGUUUCUAAUGGGGCUAAAUGAGAGUUUUGACAUUGUUCAAAGUCAAAUUCUCAUGAUGGAUCCUUUUCCCUCAAUGAGCAAAGUCUAUUCAUUGAUUUUACAAGAGGAAUCUCACAAGAAUGUUGGCCAUGGAAAUUCUGGUUCUUCUCAGUCUAAUACAAUGGCAAUGUAUGCCAAUUCCAAAGGAAACUUCCUUGAUAGCCCCAACCUGUUUGAGCUUGGCCACUUUGCUUCUAACUGCCUCGGCGUGUUCCUUCGAUGGUCGCCGAGGAGGUUACCUCCUGGGCAUAACGGCAGGAUUCACGUUGAGCCGAUGACAAAUGAAAUUUGGGUCCACCCCUGGGGCUUCAUACGGGUUUCAUGCAAAAACGUCCACAUUGGCUCGGAGGAAUUCCAGCAAUCUCGCCUUCUCUUGUAA